CGGACAUCUUGCACCCAUCCAAAAGGCGAUCUGGGCGACGCCAUGGAUAUUCGCAACUUCUUCCAGCGGAAAGAUACCAAGCCGAUUACCGCCUCAGAAGGAAGCAAAAAAACAGCUGCAGUAAAGUCGGGACCAAAGUCAACCAAGGCACCUUCGACAGAAAACCCAGAGGACGCUGAUGUUGCUCCCUUACCAAGGACUUCUAAAUACUUUGGCAGAGACGAUGUCAAUAACGCCCCAAAACGGAGGAAAGGACGGGCCGUUAUUGAAUCAGAUGACGAAGGAACUGAGGAAGCGAAAGAAGAGAGAACACCAGUGAGUGAAGUGCGCAAUCAAAGUGAUCAGAAAUCCACGGAACGAGUGAGGGCAUCUGUUAAGAGGCCAAGACUAGUGACGGAAGAAGCCCCUGAAGUAGAUCCAAACGUCUUCUUUGGCGAUUCGAAAAAGAUUAAACGAAGCACAAAGCCGAGAUCUGCCAGCAAACCUGUUGUGAAACCCUCUACAGAAAGUACCUCACCAAAGGGUACCGGGGUGACUUCUGGUGAAUUACAGGAACAUGAAGAGUUGGUGGAAGUGAAGCAAACUCAAAGCAGCGACCAAGCAAAGAAUGAUCAAAAGAAUAGAAAGCGGACACCUACAAAGCCACCGGCAAAGAGAAGACCAUCGGAUAAUGAUGAAGAGGAUACCGAGGUCGACGAAGAUCAUGCGGGUCCGGCCCGGAAGAAGAGGGCGGGUGCUGACAACUCCCUGAAGAAUGAUCCUCAGCCAGGAAAGCGCAGGAUGCCUUGGGAUAAGGAAGUCCGGCAGAAUGGCGAGGGGUCGACUGCCGAGAAGUCCCCAGCAAAAUCAGCGCCGUCAGCUCCCUCGCCCCUGAAAACCGAAACGGCAAAGGAAAUUGAAACGAAAAUAGAGAAUGGAGACGUCGAAGCGCCAGCUAAAAAGAAAUUUAACUAUGCACAGUAUAAGCAAAAGCAAACUGCAGGGCCUAGGGCACCUGGAUCAAAAGAAGUACCGGAAGGGGCAGAGAACUGCUUAUUGGGAAUGGCCUUUGUGUUCACCGGAGAACUAACCUCCAUAUCGCGGGAUGAUGCAGCCAGUUUGGUCAAACGCCAUGGCGGUCGUGUAACCGGAGCACCAAGUUCGAAGACGUCCUAUGUCGUUGUCGGAGAGGAGCCGGGAGAAUCCAAGCUAAAGAAAGCAAAGGAGCUUAAACUACAGACUUUGGAUGAAGAUGGAUUGUUUGAGCUGAUUAGAACACUUCCCGGAAAGACGUCGGCGGCGGUGACCACUCCCAAAUCCAAAGGAAAAGGUAAAGGGAAAGCGGCAAACGACAUUACAGAUAGGCCGCAAGCUGUUGCCAGGGUCACUCCGCGCAAAAGUGCUUCUGCCGAACUUUGGACGGACAAAUACAAGCCCGAAAAUUAUAAGCAAGUGAUUGGGAACACAACACUGAUUCAGAAAUUGGCCUCGUGGCUGAAGAACUGGGACAGCUAUCGGGCGAAUGACUUUAAGAGGAAAGGGGGCGAUGAAGCAUCAUGCUUUCGAGCAGUACUUCUAUCGGGUCCUCCUGGGCUUGGAAAGACAACGUCAGCUCAUCUGGUGUCGCGCAUAGAGGGGUACGAUGUGUUGGAGUUUAAUGCAAGUGACACACGGAGCAAGAAGGCUCUCGAUACUGUAUUCAGAGAAUGCACUGGAAGUCAUGCAGUCACGGAGUUUUUCUCUUCUUCCGAAAAUGGAUCGACCAACAGUAAUGGCAAGAAGACUGGAGGGUUGCGGACGGGAAAGCGACAAGUUCUUGUAAUGGAUGAGGUGGAUGGUAUGUCUGGAGGUGACCGUGGCGGCACAGCGGAACUGAUCCAACUCAUCAAAAAGACAAAGGUUCCAAUUAUUUGUAUUUGUAACGAUCGACAGUCGCCGAAGAUCAAGUCACUAGCAAACUAUUGUUUCGAUCUGCGGUUUAGAAGACCCACGGCAGCUCAAGUGGAAGCGCGUAUACGUGACAUCGCCGAGAGCGAAGGGUUGAUAUUGAAACCAAAUGUGAUUGCAGAAUUGGUUGCAAUGACAUCUGCCGAUAUCCGCCAAAUCUUGAACAUACUGUCAACUUAUCGAUUGUCGAACAAUAUCAUGACCUACGAUCAAUCGAAGCAAAUGGCUAAGGGUUGGGAGAAGAACUCGGCAAUGACACCAUUUGAUGUCACUGCUAAGCUAUUCAGUGCCUCGGUCACGACGUCGAGUACUAUCUCGGACAGAAUUGAACUAUAUUUCCAAGAUUUUAGUCUGAUACCGUUAAUGGUGCAGGAAAACUAUGCCAAAACGAGCCCAGCGAUCGCGCGACAUUUGCAUGGCAACAAUAACAAACUUGUCGAUUUUGAGACGCUGUCUUGCAUAGCACAAGCGUCCGAUUCCAUUUCCUUGGGGGAUCUAGUGGAUAAUGUACAGCGCAGCACUCAAAACUGGAGUCUAAUGCCAGUCCAUGCCGUGAUGUCUACUGUUCGUCCGUGUUUCUUCACGCAUGGUUCUUUAGGUGGACAAGUUCAAUUUGCCGGAUGGCUUGGUCAGAACUCAAAGUACUCAAAGAACAUUCGAUUGCUGCGGGAGAUCCAAACUCACAUGCGUCUGCAUAUAUCUGGCAAUAAGAGCGAGGUGCGGUUGAACUACAUGCCGACACUUGCUCCUAGCUUGGCCAAGCCCCUUAUAAACGAUGGAGCGGAUGCGAUUGACGCGGUGAUCAAAACUAUGGAUGAAUAUUAUUUGACACGGGAAGACUGGGACACAGUGAUGGAGCUAGGCGUAGGUCCCAACGCUGCUUCUAAAAUGUCCAACAAAAUUCCUGCGUCUGUAAAAUCCUCAUUCACACGAACGUAUAACAAGACAACGCAUCCCACCCCCCUCUUGAUUACCACAGUCUCGAAGGCCAGAAAGCCGGCCCCAGGGCCAGUACCAGACUUGGAGGACGUAGUGGAGGUUGACGAAGUGGAUGCAGCGGACGACGAUGAAGUUGAUGAUGAGGAUGACAUUGCCGGUGACAAAUUGAUAAAGCAGAAAGUUGCCCGCACUUCAUCGGCUAAAGGAAAGGGGAAAGCGUCUGGGAGCGGCAGAAAGAGAUAGAUGGCCUUGCCAUAACCAUGUGCAUGUUCUUUAGCAUCCAUUCUAAAGGGUUUUAUCAUUCGGGCAUGCCAAUGCGUGUAUUUGCGCCCAACCGUUAUUGGCAAUAUAUAUUACGCCUGCUUGGCAUUCGUCUAGUUGGCUGGGAAGGGGCCGGGUUGGAAUACCAUACUUUUCACACAGCA